AUGACUGAUACAACCGAUUUUGAUGCUCUUGGUAUAAUAGCAUCAUCUUCGCAACAACCCAUAGAUGAUAUUAAUUAUCCAAAAUUUCUAACCGUAUCGGUAUUGAAAAAACAAUUACAUAGUCAACUAAACGAAAAUCAAAAUCAAAUACAGUUGAUCGCUGAUUUAAAUACCGCUUUUGUCAAGCAACAAUCUGAAUUAUUAAGUAGAAUACAAGAACUUGAUUUGACACAAGGUGAUGAAAUCUCUCAAGAACUAAAAGACAAGCUAACCGAGUUUGAAAAGGGUUCUAAAGCCUUGAACGAAACUAUUGUAAAGGUAUUAAAGGAGUUUUUAAUGACAUCUGUAGGAGAUUCUUCAACCUCGACAACUGAAAUGACAGAUAUAACACAAAUUUUGACUGCAGAAAUUAAGCACUUACAAGCUCAGUUACAGGAGAAAGAUCAACGAAUAAAAAAACUUGAGAGGAGUAAAGCCAAAUUAAAUCGUUUCAGUGAACAACUUAAUAAAACACUACAAACCCAUCAAGAAUUUGAAAAGCAGUUAAAAGGGGACAAUUUAACUCCGAAAGUUCAGAGGAAUAUAUCAACGUUCAAUAAAGAAAAAAUGUUAAGAACUCAAUCAGAGAUUUCUGUAUGUUCUUCCAGAAUCAAGAAUGACCGAGUUCAUAAUACUCAAAACCCGGAUCCAAAUAUUAUCCAUGUGAUUGCUAAAACAUUGAUCGGUGAAUACUUGUGGAAAUAUACUAGAAACAACUUUUGGUCAAGAAAACGGCAUAAAAGGUUCUUUUGGAUUCAUCCUUAUACAAAUAUCUUAUACUGGAGUAAAGAGAAUCCUGCCACCUAUGAACUUGACAGUCUAAAAUUAAAGAAAAAAGUUUCAUAUUUCACUUACAUAUAUUUUGUUCGGGAAAUUAUUAACGAAGAUUAUUCAACCCCUGAUUUAUAUCAUACGAGUUUAGUCAUUACAACUCCAGAAGGCGAUUUGGAAAUCACAACUCAAACUAAAGAACAACAUGAAUGUUGGUUCCAGGCUUUAAGGUAUUUACAUCAGAGAUCUGUCGAAGCUAAUUUAAAUCGAAUUCCAGCUUCACUUUCAGUAGAACUUCUUAAUAACGAUUCGGAUUAUUUUUAUGAAGAUGAAGAUGAUAGUGAUGAUUUAAAAAAUAUGCGACAAUGUUGCAAUGGUCGGCAUGAUAUUAGUAAACUUGAGCGUGCUCCUAAUUAUAAUAGAUUCGUUCUAUAA